AUGUCAGCCCAACGCCUUGAUGCACUGGACAGGUUUUGCUUGAAGAAAGCUAAUAUAGAAAUUGCCAAACUAGAAGAAGACGUGGGCUUUCUGAAAAGACGAGCGGCGACCCUCGGGUGCUACCAUAAGCGUUUCCCUGAAUGGCCCGAGACCCCGAGCCAAUUUGAGCACAUCCAAGCGUUCAUCGACUUGCUUAAUGAACUUGGGAAAAAGGGUGGAAACUCGUUUCAAAUCGCGGAGCUAAAGUGUGAUCUUCACGCCCAAUUGCGCAAGCAUGGUUGUGGCGAGUCAGAAGUCCAGCACCGCUGGUAUCUAGCCAUUAUGAUCCAACGUGCGGUUGAUGCUACGAUAUCUGGUCUUCACGGUCAAAUUGUUGAGUUCGAGGAUGACAGGAAAAGGAUUGAGAAGGAGCUAAGCAAUCCCGGCAACAGCAACACUAUGCCGACGGUUGUUAAAGAGUAG